CCAGACAGCUGCCCCGCACGCACAGGAACACACCGCAGCCGAAGCCUGCCUCCCCACGGUGCCGCGGCCGCCCGCGCGGCAGGACUCCCCACCGGGUGCCGUGCCGCGUCAGGGCCCGUCCCGGGAGGUGAAGUGCUGCGCGCCUGUCUGUUCGACUGCGCCCGUUCGCGCGCGUGAUCCGAGUUUGGAGAGGGAGGUGUGGGAGGACGCAGGGAGGAUGGGUCGCGCGCCGUGCUGCGACAAGGCGAGCGUGAAGAAGGGGCCGUGGUCGCCCGAGGAGGACGCGCAGCUGCGGAGCUACGUCCAGAACCACGGCACCGGCGGCAACUGGAUCGCGCUCCCGCACAAAGCAGGGCUGAACCGGUGCGGCAAGAGCUGCCGGCUGCGGUGGCUCAACUACCUGCGCCCGGACAUCAAGCACGGCGGUUACACCGAGCAGGAAGACCGGAUCAUCUGCUCCCUCUACAACUCCAUAGGGAGCAGGUGGUCCAUCAUCGCGUCCAAGCUGCCCGGCCGGACGGACAACGACGUCAAGAACUAUUGGAACACCAAGCUCAAGAAGAAGGCCAUCGCCAUGCUGCAGCAGCAGCAAGAGUACUACCGCCACUGCCACAGCUCGGGCGCCGGAGGUCGAGGCCGUGACCGCAGCGGCGCCCUCGUCAGGCCGCCGCCCACUCCCCAGAACCAAUGCCCGUCCAUGCAGCCGUCGCCCGCGUCCGCGUCGUCAGCGGUCGCCACCGCGAGCGGCGGCGACGCUUGCAGCUUCGGGGCCAUGUGCUCCUCCCCGUCGACACUGCAGGCACCGCUCGCGCGCUACGACGGCGCGGCGACAGUGCCACAGCAGCACGCGUCGUCGCUCGCCGAGUUCUCUGGCCCCGUGCCCCCACCACAGGCCGACGUCAGCAGCUGGGCCGGGGCCAUGGCCUUCGACGACAUGUUCCUACCCGAGCUCCUCGGGGCCGGCGAGUUCCUCCCGCCCGGUGACCACUUCGGCGGCGUGUUCGGGCCCCUGCUGCAGGACAGAGCGUCGUCCCUGCAGGAGCUCUCGGCGUGCUACUUCCCCGACUCACAGCCGGAGAUGUGGGCCGCCGCGGAUUACGUCAAGCCGCCGGCCGGCCUGUGCCACAGCUUGACAUGAGAGUACACUAACGUCCCGUCCGUCCACGCGUGAAUGCAUCGAUGAUUAUUCAUGGCCAGCUUCCACCUAGUUCUUGGCUCUCACUCUCUCUCCGUGAGAACAUUACAUGUACAUUAUCUUAUAUGUGACUACUAGUACCAUGUCAUAGAGAAAUUAGAUGUGGAUUGCCAAUUCG